AGCUUGACAUUUCGCGGUAGCGGUUUGUCUUUGGGGUCUUCAGAAGAAUCUGAAGUUAAUGAGUUAAUGAUAAAAAAGAAAAACUUAAAAUGCAGAAUCAGUGCGCUGCUCCAAACUGUGUCAGCGGCAAAUGUGACGCUCAGCCGCUCUUCAGGUUUCCACACGACCCAGAGAGGUCCAAGAAGUGGGUUGAAAAAUGCCAAAGCCAAGAUCUCACAGACAGACCAGCAGAGCAGCUGUACAGAUACUACAGGCUCUGUGGAAAACAUUUUGAACCAUCUUUGAUGGACACUGAAUGUCAGAGUACUGUGUUGAAGGAAGAUGCCGUACCGACUAUUUUUGACGUGCCAAGCAAACCUCAAAGUGGACAGGUGAAGCGCGGUAAAGAGAUGACCAAAGAUAGUGAAGUGGAGACUAAAGGGAGGAAAAAAGUCAAAAAGUCUCAAGCAGAGACGGCUAAAGAAGACGUCCAGAUGGGAUCAGAGCAGGACGAAUACAAAGAGUAUCUCAGGUCAUUGUUUGAAGUCCUCCUGCUGUUAGGAGAGCAAAGCAUCCCUCCUCCAGGACCGGCUCAUCCUAAAGAAGAAGGCCUCGGGUCAAGCAACUUUCAGGCGUUGUUGGAAUAUCGCAUGAACUGUGGAGACGAAGUCCUGAAGAAGAGGUACGACGUGAAUAAGGAGUCCUGCUCCUCUGAGCAGCUCAACCAGCUGAUUGAGGCGUGUGAGAAAUGCAUCCGCAGUAAGCUGGUGGAGGAAGUCAAACAGAACGGCUUUUUCUCAUUACUCACUGAUGAUCUGGUGAAGAUCUCCGGAGGGUGGUUCCUCCCCGUCUUCCUCCGGUAUGUGGACCAGUCGAACUGCCAGCAGGAGAAGUUUGCCGGGUUCUUGAGCUUUGAAGGACACGGAGACGCUCUGGCAGAGAGACUGCUGUCUGAGAUGACUGAGGGAUGGGGCUUAGAUAUGGAGCAGUGUAGAGGUCAGGCCCACUCCUGCUCCGCCACGCAUUUCAGUCAAAUAAAAGCAUUUGCUUCCAAACUGCUUGAGAAGUUCCCCAGAGCAGUGCUCACACUGAGAGCUACUCAGACCAUGAAUGUGUCUUUGGCCAACAGCAUGUCUUCGUCUGGCGUUCAGCUCGUCAUGUCCACCUUUAAGAAGAUCGAGUCCUUCUUCAGUCAGUCCACUUUGCUGCAGCAGGAGUUUGAGCACGCCAUUUCCAUUUUUUACCCGGACAAAGAGGAGAAAGCCAAUGAGCUGAAGGAGAUCUGUCAAAGCGGCUGGACCAGGAGGGACGAUGCGUUUGACGUGGCGGUGGAGAUCUUGGAGGCGCUGCUGCUCUGUGUGGACAGCGUGCACGACAACGAGGACAUGAGGUGGAGCGAUCAAGUCACACACGACGCCUUGGAGAUUUCAAAGGCGCUGGCUGAUUUUGAGUUCAUCAUGGCGCUGAUUGUGCUGAAGAACGUUCUGACGCUCACCCGGGCCUUUGGGAAGAACGUACAAGGGAGCGCAACAGAUGCUCAUUUCGCUGCAGUCAGUUUGAAAGCCGUGCUGCACUCCCUGAAGGAAGUGUCCGACAACAUCGACGUGUAUCACGAGUUCUGGAGCGAUGAGGCUGUUAAUCUAGCUACCGCCAUGGAGAUCCCAGUGAAGGUUCCUCGGUCGUUCUUGAGGAAGCAUCAGGCAGAAUCUGGAGUCAUUCGGCUGGAGAGUUACUACAAAGAGCACCUGUCUGUUCCCGUAGUGAACCACAUCUUCAGAGAAAUGACCGACAUCUUCAGCGAGGAUCACCUGAAGGCUCUGAGAUGUCUGUUUCUGGUCCCUGCUGUCAUAGAGCAGCACAAGUCCACAGAACCCGAAGAGGAGAGCGUGCAGGUGUUUAACAGCGACAUCCCUAAUGCUGGAACCCUCUCUGCCGAGCUGCACUGUUGGUGGGUGAAAUGGAGCAAAAAGGGCAAAGGCGAGACGUUGCCGUCCAGCCUCCAUGAGACGCUGCAGCUGGCCGACGUGAAGUUCUUCCCAAACAUGCUGGCGGUCCUGAGACUCAUCGGCAUCCUGCCUACCUUGGCUCUGCAGGACGGCGGCCAUGUGGCGUACAAGCGCUUCAGGAUGUUCAUGGAGAACACGCCCGACACGUUCAAAUCAAAAAGCCUCGCUCUUCUGAACAUAAACUACGAUGUCGGGUUUGAUCUGGAUUCACUGGUUGAGGUCUACGUGAAGACGCACCCUGACAGGGAGGAGGAGUCGUAGCUGGUAUGUGCUCGGUGUUGCUUCUAGCCCUCAAGGCGAAGCAGCAUCUUUUGUAGGAUGUUUUGUUUUUUACGAUAAAUGUAGAAACGCUGUUAUUACAGACGUGUCCUUGCUGUCCGUAACGAAUCCUGUCUGACAUUUAUGCUGCGUUCAACAUAUGUGACACGACUUGGAAUGGAUGGAGGAACUCAUUCCUGGAGAUCUUACUACGUUCUUCUGUUCCACAUUGCUGCUGUGGUCAAACAUGUGUUUAUACUUUUGUAAGCUUGAACUGUUUUUGCUGUGUUACUGCAUAACAAGCCACUGGGGGGAGGCUCAGCUGUAAAUCCUGCUCCGAAUGUGUUAAUAAAGAGGUCGAAUCUUU